AUGUUUUAUUGCGCCCGUUCAAGUCCUUUAUAUGGUCCCAAUAUACGUUCACAAUCGGGCAACAUUGUCGUCAUUGAUAUUAGUGAUGAUGAAGAUGAUGAUGAUGAUAACAGUAACAGUGUGGAGGAUGAAGGAUCCACGAAGGAAAUAGCGGAAGAUAAUAAACGAAGCAGCCAGGAGGUACUAGAAUUUGCACCAGGAAUUUUCAGUUUUCGUCUUAGAUUUGAAGUUUUUCUGCCCUAUGAUGGGCUUUUUGAUUACUGGAUCGGUGAGCGGCAAAUAUUCAUGUUGCAGUCUCGAAAUAGCGAUGAUUUGUUCUGCACCAGGCCAUCAAGCAGUGAC